CAAAAAAGACACGUCUCUUGUUCUUGCUUUCUGAUCAAUGCCUAUUUCCCACAAAAAUUUCCUUUUCUCUUCUUCUUUGCCGUCCUCUGGUUCUCAUCUUCACAAAAACGCUGGCAAAACCGGCAAUUCUUUUAAUAACCAAGCACAGCAGCAGCGCCGUCUCACGCGUCAAAGGAGACCCAGGCAUUUGACUGAUGAUGAGGUUGGCUUAAGGUUUGGCGAUAUCCACCGUUCGUUUUCUUCUCCCUGUUCCCCUGAAACGCCGGCUGGUAAGGACUCCAGGUCUCCGGAGGGGUUGGACCAUUGGUCUUCUUACGCGGAGCCUAAGCCUUUGCCUCUUCCUGAGGUGUUCUUGAAUAGGAAAUCCAUGACCUCCGGUUCCAGUCCUGGACCAUGUAAACUCGCAUCACCUGAUGAAAGACUCACCUCUGCUGUCGGAAGGAAGAAUGCAGAUCAUGCAGCUAAAAGUACGCCAAAUUCAUUGGCCAAUUUUCAUAAGGAAUUCUCUCGAGGUGAAAGCUUUAGAAAUGCUCAAAGCCAGCAGUCACUACAAGGAACG